AAUGAUUGCAAGGAUAGUUCUACAAUAAAUAUUUCUUAUUAGUGGAUAGCAUAUAACCUCGGGUAAGUACUGCUUAUCUGGCCUGAUUUUUAGGGAUUUGCGUUUUCCCUAACGUGUAGAAUUGCGCUUUUAUUUUGAAAAAAAAACCCGAAUCAAACCGGAAAUAAAGUUCUUCUUGAUGGUGUAAAAUGACGCUGUCCCAUUUUUGGUAGCUUGGCUACUUUGUACACAGAGGUUUAGACUACAUGACUAUUUUCGAUGUUGGGGCUGGAAAACUUAUAUCGAAGAAAUAUUAGAUUAAUUUCGGAGCAGUAAUGGCGGAAGACCAACAGCCUCACUGGUCGGAUAUUUUGAAAAGGAGGAUAGCGAACUCCAAAAAAGAUGAGAGAAGCGAAGAGGAAAAUAAGGUAGAAGAAACUGAGCUGUUCACCAAGUAUUACACAGAGUGGAGGGGAGGAGGCGACAGAGACAAGUCCUACAAGAACAUCCCAAGAUUUUACUACAGGCUACCAGCGGAGGAUGAAGUAUUACUUCAGAAGUUGAGAGAAGAAUCCAGAGCCGUCUUCCUCCAGAGGAAGAGCAGAGAACUGCUGGAUAAUGAAGAACUACAGAACCUGUGGUUCCUUCUCGAUAAGCACCAGGUGCCUCCUGUGAGUGGGGAGGAGGCCAUGAUCAGCUACGAAGCCUACCUGCAGGUGGGGGAGAAGGCCGGGCCCAAGUGCAAAAAAUUCUUCACAGCCAGGGUGUAUGCAAAGCUGCUGAACAACGACCCUUACGGCAGGAUUUCCAUCAUGCAGUUUUUCAACUACGUCAUGAGGAAAGUCUGGCUGCAUCAGACCCGUAUAGGUCUGAGUCUGUAUGAUGUAGCAGGACAGGGCUACCUCAGAGAGUCGGAUCUGGAGAACUACAUCCUGGAGCUGAUCCCCACUCUGCCUCAGCUGGAUGGGCUGGAGAAGUCCUUCUACUCUUUCUACGUCUGCACCGCUGUUCGCAAGUUCUUCUUCUUCCUCGACCCCCUGAGAACAGGAAAGAUUAAAAUCCAGGAUAUAUUGGCCUGCAGUUUCCUGGACGACCUGUUAGAGCUGAGAGAUGAGGAGCUGUCUAAAGAGAGUCAGGAGUCCAACUGGUUCUCAGCCCCCUCAGCUCUCAGAGUCUAUGGACAGUACCUCAACCUGGAUAAGGACCACAAUGGCAUGUUGAGUAAAGAGGAGCUUUCACGCUACGGCACAGCUACGCUCACCUCAGUCUUUCUGGACAGAGUGUUUCAGGAGUGCCUCACCUAUGAUGGAGAAAUGGACUACAAGACCUAUCUCGACUUUGUGUUGGCGUUGGAAAACAGGAAGGAGCCGGCAGCGUUACAGUACAUUUUUAAACUUUUGGAUAUGGAGAAUCGAGGAUACCUCAAUGUCUUCUCACUCAACUAUUUCUUCAGGGCCAUUCAGGAGCAGAUGAAAAUCCACGGACAGGAGCCUGUCUCCUUCCAGGAUGUCAAGGAUGAGAUCUUUGACAUGGUGAAGCCUAAAGACCCCUAUAAGAUCACCCUUCAGGACUUGGUUAACAGUUGUCAGGGUGAUACUGUCACCAGCAUCCUGAUUGACCUCAACGGCUUCUGGACCUAUGAGAACAGAGAAGUGCUUGUUGCCAACGACAACGACAGCAGCAACACAGCUGACCUUGACGACACCUGAAUAUGUUUGAGAGACACUCCUGAUGCCAACAGGUCAACGUUUCAUCCUGAAACCUGAAGCCAAAUGUGCUGUUGAAGUGUCCGCACUGAACUGAACUCUUAACUACUGUCUCAGGUCCCUCUGGUUAUGUUUGAGAGACAUUAUUAGAAUGUUGAAACUUUGAUGAGAUCAUUAGAAGGGAGAGAAUGGAGGAAAGCCAGACAUGGUGCUUUGUGUUAAUAUUGUUCUCUGUUCCUGCCCCUUGUUUUCUGUAAAAAAAAAAAAAAAAAAGAUGUUUAUAUUAUUGACCUUAAAAUAAAUGAUUCAUUUUCAUGCCUUUUCUGA